AUGGGAGGCUGGCGCGGGGGAGCGUGGCGACUGCCGCUGGUGGUCGUCGCGCUCCUAACAUGGUUAGCCGGAUGUGGUGGUGAUGCGGCCAUCACGGGUCCUCCAGGGUUCGUGGCGGGGUACCCGCGCAUCGAACGGGUCGGGGCGCUCACAUUCGUGGUGGCGAUUCGGUUGGACGUGCCCGGGGCGGUGGACCUGGUCGCGGCGAGCGCGAGCGAAUAUCCUGGGUGCGGCGAAUGUUUCGAGGCUAUGGGAGUCCAAUGCGUAGACAGCUGCUUCGGCCAGUGCUUGGUGGCGUGCCUGAUAGCGCAGAACGCGACGAACGCUACCACCGCACCUAAGCCAUAUUUCCGGAGGACGAUCGAGUUGCCCAACCCGGGAAGGGAGACUCGGGUGCUGAUCAGGGGCGCUUACAAUCUGCAGCGACCCGAUCUGAGCGGCACCUACGGAGACUUCGUGGUGUAUCCCAACACCACGUAUAGCGUGGCGGUGGCGCCGCGGAACUCAUCCGCGUAUCUCAACCAGCCCGGCGACGACGACACGGCGGUGGUGCACGUCACAACGGCGGCGGCGGUGUCAUCGGACGCGUCGCUCGCUCGGCUGGGUUCGACCAACUCCACCGCCCUGACGCCCGCGUUCGAUAACUCGUCGUCGCCGAGCACGUGGUCGUACGAGACGUCGGUCGCCGACGACGUGGACGCGGUCACGGUUUGGGCGCUGCCGUCGGCUGGCGCGGUGCACUCCGUCGUGAUCGACGGCGUCGCCGCGAGGCCGGGACCGGGAUCCGCCGCCGUCCCCGCGGGCGCGUACUCGACCGCGCCGAGGAGAGUGUUCUACGGCAGGAGCGAGCCCGUGGUGGUGGAGGUGACCGCGGAGGACCGGGAGACCCGCGCGAGGUACGAGUUGCACGUCACUCGGCGAAGGUCAACGGAGGCGAGACUCGCGGACCUCGUGCUGAGGUCGAUCGAGAUCAGACCGGCGUUCGAUCCCGACGUGUACGCGUACAGCGCCACGGUAGCGCACGACGUCGUUAGCAUGAGGGUGAUACCCACGCUCAUGGACACGCGGGCACAGGCGAUCAGGGUGAACGCAGUUGUGCAGGAAAACAAAGCCGCCAGCAGGGAUCUGCCACUGCGACUGGGGUCGACGCCCAUAUCGAUCGAGAUCACGGCGCAGGAUCCAGCAGACGAGAACAAGAAGGUUUACCGGAUAGAUGUCACUCGCGCGUACGCGUCGACGGACGUGCAGCUCGGGGCGUUGGAAGUGAGCAGCGUGAUGACCGAACGCACAGGGCGAGACAUGGGUCUCAUGCUCUUCAGGACAGUGCGCAGCAGCCACAAAUUGACGCCGGCAUUUGACGACUCACCGCUCGAGUCCGUGCAGAAUGUAUCUAUCGUCGCGGACUACAACACAUCGGUAGAUAAUACUGUGCAAAGGGUGACAGUGAAGGCGGCGGCUCGAGACCCUCAGGCCACCCUAGUGGUGAAAGCUGUGAGCCUCGAUGUUGAAGGAAAUAACAACGAGGUUAUGGUUGCAGUUGCGGCACAGCCGUCCCCAGACAAGGAGAGACUUCCCGCGCCCUGGAACACUCUGUUGUACAAGUACGAACUUGACGUGGCGCCAGGUCGUACGCUGGUCACCCUCGACGUGAUUGCAGAGGAUCCAAGGCACUCGAGAGUCGUGAAUCUUACAGUGUUCCAUCACGCUCCCUCGACCGACGCCACUCUGUCUGAUCUCGUGGUGCACGUCGCUCCAGGUCGUGCAGAGCCCACCUUGGUCCCGGCUUUCGAUCCCAGCACGCUCGAUUAUACCGUUGACAUCGAUUAUCACGACGAAGCAGUGCUCGUGAUCCCCACGGUGGCCGAUGAUCAGUAUCGCUUCUUGCGUGUCAACACAGUGCUUCAACGCUCUGGAGAUCCAUCGAGGGCAUAUUUUGUAAAACCUGGAGGCAUGGCUGUGGUCACGGUGUCAGUCACGGCGGAAGAUGGCGUUACUGUGAUGAACUACGUGGUGGUGGUCCGUCGGGGCUUGCCAAGCGUGGAGGCUCGCCUCGCCGACCUCCUCGUUUCGACGGGCAACAUGACUCCGGCAUUCUCUCCAGACGUGUAUCUGUACUCACUCGGACCGCUGAGAUAUGACCAGAACACGGUGCAGGUAACUCCGGUGGCGAUGGACCCGGACCACGAGCGCAUCCUCGUCAACGGCGCGAGACAGCCAUCUGGAUCCAUAUCGCGACAGAUUGAAAUCGAGGAAGGAUACGGUAACGGCGCAGAAUACACUCUGGGGAAUGGCACGGUGGAGGUGAUGGUCUGGGCAGAGAACGGGAUGACAUUCAAGACAUACCGAAUUUUGGUCACCCGGCAACCCGCGCCAAUAUCCGACAACGACGCGACGCUCAGGGAGCUGAGAAUAUCGCCGUCGGCGACUACGAGGUUGAUUCCAUCGUUUUCACCUCUGCAGUUUGAUUACAGGCUCUUCGUGCCCAACAGAGAGCCAUCUGUGGCAGUCACGCCAGUUUCCAACGACGUCGACGCCUUUCGGGUGUCCGUCAACGACGAUGAUGUCGGAAGCGGGGGAACUUUCAUCACAACUAUGGCGGAUUUACUCGCCAGGGAGGACGUGGUGUUAGAUAUUGAGGUGCGUGCGAAGAGUUGCGGCCCGACCUACCAGCCCGCGGAGUGUGUUCGCAACCACUACAAGGUGGAGGUGCUCGAGUAUGGACCCGGGGCGUACGAUGGCUUGCUUCACACGCUGUCUGGCAACAUGGUCGACCCCGGCGGCGCAGUGCGGGUCAUGCGACCGUUCCCAGUGCCAUUCAAAGAUCCUGAAGGGUUUUUGGAGUCUCUGUCAGAGUUGCGGCUGAGUGAGUACGAUAUGGGGAAGAAGUCCAGUCAGACAGAGGGCUUCUGUGACAACUAUUUGUGUGUCAAUUCGGUGAUUGAUUCGUCGCUGACUGCGCUUGAAAUUCAAGUGUCUGGAACUUUGGAAAGGUUGGUCGGUGACUCCUCGAUUCCUAGCAGUGCCCUUCCCAACGCAACAGUGCAGUACUCGCCGAGUUUUCACAACGAGACAAGGUUUUAUGUCGCUGAUGUCAGCUCACCGCGGACUGAAUCUAUUCGCAUCAAUGCCACCGCAGCAUCAAACAUGAUAACUGGAAUCAGGAUCAACGGAGUAUCGGCAGACAGUGGCGUGUUUAGUGCUGACAUCAAGCUCGAUUACAGGACCACCAUCGUCUCCAUCGUCGUCACCGCAGGACGUUACGAGAUUCAGAGCACUUACACGGUGCACAUCUAUCGCCCGUUAAAUACCAACACGUUCCUGGCUGACUUUUCAUUCUAUGGGUACAAUCUGCUCAAGUUUCAGGAGCCGAAUUUGACAUCUGUUCCGGAGCCAAUGGAACCUUGCGACAUGCACAACGCAUCGCUUCGUCAGAGUUUGAACAUCUCGUCUCAUCACAUGUGCGGUGGUACCGGAAGUGCGCUGGUAGUCGGCACUAUCAGCUUGUUCCAAGGUCUCAACACCUCGGCGUUGGAAGACGGUGCUCCGGCUGGCGCUUUGCCUGGGUCUGCAAGCUCCACCCGAAAGCUCAUUCAUCCGUGUGAUGACACGUUUUUGGCGACACACCCGGUGUUAAAGGAAGCAUGCGCUAAGGCAGACAUCGAUGACAUCAUCGACUGUGAGCCUCAAGCCGAUUCUGUGUUUCAAGUCGCAGCAUUUGACUACAAUUGGCCUGACUACCUCGUAAACGUCGAGUCAAGAACUGAAUAUUUGAUCGCGAGCGUGUCAGUCAUCGACAAGAACGCCGAGAUGAUUUCGAUUGGGAAAGUUCGCAAUUGCCGUGAUGCACCGCGAUCUUCCGGAUGUGAAGGACGUGACUUUACGGACUUUGGAUGGGACUACGGCGACUAUGGGAUUGUCUCAAUGCGAGACAAGCACGAGUCACCUCCAAUUGAUGUUGACAUCGGAUCCACAGUUGGCACUGUCACCGUGACUGCGCAUGAUAGCAUCACGAAAGGCACUUACAAUUUUCGAGCGGUGAAGCUAUCGCCGGUGGUGUACCCCGAAAUUCUGAAUCUCGGCAGUUAUCUUGACGGGUUGAUUGGUGACUCAGAGGAUCCAAACUUUGAGAUGGAAUUUACCCUGCGCAUGGCUGGCUUCAAUCCGCUGUGGAUCUUGGACUCCUUCUUCAGGCAGAACCUCGAGCAGCACGUGCGCAAGUAUAUAACUUAUGCGGCCGUGGUUGAGGAUGCAGUGGUUUCCGUGAAGAUUUACGGUUCACCUCGCAAUCAAAGCGCCUGUCGCCUUUUAGAUCCAGGCGAGGCAGGCGGUGGUGUUGAUGUGAAGGUGUACACAAAGUUCUGGAAGGAGACCGACGCGACCCAUCUCCUCGCCUGGUUGGAAGGACAGGGUUGGCACAACGCUCGCGGAUUUACGUUUGAUGGCUAUCUCCUUUCAUUUGGGCCAAUAUAUAAGGUCGACGGACCCAGUCAGCGGACGUUCCGUGCCACAUUCAUCCCCACCAGGCAUCGCUACGAAGUCACGCUGCCAACUGGAACACGGCAUGUGCCGUUGACAGUACCACCGCCGCCUCAUGUGCCACCCAUCGAAGGCUUUGGUGUCCGCGUCAACGGCGAGGAGUAUACACUAGGAAGCACUUUCAGCGUCGAAGUGCCCCGCUGCGCGAUCGGACCUCGCCACUGUGACGCCCGCCACUUGACCAUCACCGCUGAGGCCUGCAUAUUUGAUGAGUGCGUGACGUACACAGUUGUGGCAACCAUCCCGGCUGUAUCCAUACCGGCGAAUGACGCCUCAAUGCGCGCGGUCAACAUCACGGCCGGUCCGACCAAUUCAACCGCUGGUGGCCGCAUCUUGGUCGAGUACAGCCCGAGCUUCUUCCACGACGUGCGAAGAUUCAGCGCUCGUGUGGAUGGGGGGCUGGAGUUCCUGCACUUGAGCGUGGCACCAAACAGCCCGAGUUACUCCAGGCUGUUCAUUAACGGAAGACCAACCUUACCUUACACUGAGGUGUCGGUUCCAUUGUCGCUUCUUCUGACCGAACUGAACGGUGUGCUCACGGUCAGGGUCAUCGCCGAGGACAACUUCACAACCUCCGACACUAAGAUCCACGUCCUGGUUGAUUCACCGCGCGGGCUCAUGACGGACAACGCAAACGCGUUGGAUCCUCUGAAGGGAAAGUACGGUUUCGACGGGGGAGUCCUCCCGGGCGGAGUAGAUACCACUCCGCCAGAGUGGAAAGAGUCAUACCCGCGGGUCGAACCCGUGUGGGAGGGUGGACCCCACCUGGAGCUUGCAGCGCAGACAAUGGAGCCGGCUGUUGUCUAUUGGGCUCUGGCGGUGCCGUGGUCUCGACCGCCAACGUCAAGGGAGGUUUAUGAUGCCGUGGUUCGUCUCAAUCACACCAAGACUCGCUUAAUUGAAGGGAGCGUCUCGGAUUUUAUCGCGGACGCACUCAAUUCCUCCGUACCCGCGACCACAGAGAGCGGAUUUGUUGCCACCGGAGUGAUGACCAGCAGGUAUUCCAUGACGCGUGAGGAGCGUACGGCGGUGACCUGCUUGGAUCCCAACGUGGGAUUCGACGUUUAUUUUGUAGCCGAAGACAAGGCACUGGACUUGUCUCUCAAUCCAGCUGCGAAUAGACAGACGGUUCCGACCUUGGUUCGAGGUGUGAAGCCCGGGAGCGGUCCUUUGGGGUUGCUUUACCCGUGGGUUGACUCCUUCUCGGAACUGCAUGGAGAUCUGUGGGAGAAUAUCACCGGAGGCGAGUUAAUAGCGCUGUCAUUACUUUUCGACGGAGCCGCAAGCAACCACUUUGCGAGCACGUACGCCGCAAAGGGAUCGUUGGCAUGUCCGGGAGCGGUUCACUUCGAGGUGACAGCCGUGAAUGCAUCCAGCGUCGACAGUUCAUCCGGCGAUGUCGUGCUCGAGGCACGCCGCGAGCCUGCAGGAGAAGCCGCUGGCGAUUGGACCCAGCUUUGGAAGACGACGCUCCUGGAUUUGAAGACGAAAUCCGAUGCAUCAGUCGAUGGCUGGAUAUCGGUCGUGUCGGAGAAGAUCCCGGCUGGGGAUUACUGGACCCUGCGAUGGCGCGUCGAGGGAUCAUGCUGCCACUCAUGGGCGCUGAGAAAUCUGACGACAAGAUACAUCACGCCUUGA